AUGAGCUUCCCCUGCGUCGACGCCAACGACCUGCGCACCGCCCGCCUCCUCGAGCAACGUCAGCAGCGCCAACAACCCUCGCCAUCGACCUCGGCCUCGUCGUACAACACGCUCGGCCCGUCGACCCCGACCCCGACCUCGGCCGAGGACGCAGAAGGGCCCGAGCCGGCGUACGCCAACGUCGUAACGGGCUACCAGGUCUACGACCACCCGCGCCCGUUCGCGCUCGACUACGGCGGCCACCUGCCCUCGUUCUCGCUCGCGUACGAGACCUGGGGCACCUUGAAACGCCGACCGCACCAACGCCGUCCUCCUCCACACGGGCCUCUCGGCCUCGGCUGGUGGGAGCGCUUCAUCGGGCCCGGCCGCGCCAUCGACACGGACAAGUUCUUCGUCGUGUGCACCAACGUCCUCGGCGGGUGCUACGGCUCGACCGGGCCCUCGAGCCUCGACCCGAGCGACGGCCAGCCGUACGCGUCCAGGUUCCCCAUCGUCAGCAUCUUCGACAUGGUGCGCGCCCAGUUCGAGCUCCUGUCGCACCUCGGCAUCGACAAGCUCGCGGCGAGUGUCGGCAGCAGCAUGGGCGGUAUGCAGAGCAUCGCCGCCGCCCACCUCGAGCCCGACCGCGUCGGCAAGGUCGUCAGCAUCAGCGGCACGGCGCGCAGCAGCCCGGCCAGCAUGGCCAUGCGCUUUGCCCAGAGGAGCGUCCUCAUGGCCGACCCGAACUGGAAGCGCGGCUUCUACUACGACGACUUGCCGCCACACACGGGCAUGAAGCUCGCUCGCCAAAUCGCCACCAUCACGUACCGCUCGGGCCCCGAGUGGGAGCAGCGGUUCGGCCGUCGGCGGCGUGACCUCGCGGCGCCUCGCUCGGACCCGUCGGCCGCCCACCUUCCGUCGCCGCCCGUCCUGUGCCCCGACUUUCUCAUCGAGACGUACCUCGACCACCAGGGCGAGCAGUUCUGCCUCAAGUACGACGCAAACUCGCUCAUCUACAUCAGCAAGGCCAUGGACCUGUUCGACAUGAGCGACGACGCGCUCGAGGACCUCGAGGCGCGACGACGCGCACGCGACGAGGGCGCGCUGCCCGCCGACGCCCUGUGUCCCGUCCCGCCUCCCUCUUCUUCGGCGCCGCCAGAAGGCGGCGCGUCGUCGUCGUCGUCGACCUGGGCCGCGGCCGCCAAGCGGCAAAAGGACGCCAAGCCGUUCAUCUCGUCGCUCCCGUCGGCGCACGCGUACCUGCCCGGGCUCACACGCGGCCUGUCGCGGUUGCGGUCGCACCCGACGCUCGUCAUGGGCGUCCAGUCGGACACGCUGUUCCCGAUCGAGCAGCAGCGCGAGCUCGCCGAGUGCCUUAAGGCGAACGGCAACGAAAACGUCGUUUACUACGAGCUGAACCAGCCGUGGGGUCACGACACGUUCCUCCUCGACGUCGUGAGCGUCGGCGGCGCCGUCAAGGGCUUUCUCGAGGGCGAGUUCAAGGUCAAGCCGGCGCGCGAGGGCGAGGCGGUUUGAGUAGAGCGACCGUCGAAUAGAAGCGAGCCAACACCGGCUCUGCCUCGUCGUCCCUUU